ACAACAACACCUGUUGGCCGGCUGUAUAACUGUUUCGCUCUCAUUCGCCGCCUCGCAUCGAACUUAUCGCAAAAACUAUAUUUUCCUCCACGAGCCAAGCAAGAUGUCCGCAACAGAAGGCAAAGUAAUCAAAUGCAAAGCUGCAGUGGCAUGGGAGGCCAAGAAGCCGCUAGUCAUUGAGGAUAUCGAAGUGGCGCCACCUCAGGCGCAUGAGGUUCGCAUCAAGAUUACAGCCACUGGCGUCUGUCACACGGACGCUUUUUCGUUGAGCGGUGCCGAUCCGGAGGGUCUCUUUCCCGUGGUCCUUGGCCAUGAGGGCGCCGGCAUUGUGGAGAGCGUUGGCGAGGGCGUCACCAACUUCAAGGCCGGUGAUCAUGUCAUUGCCCUGUACAUUCCGCAGUGCAAUGACUGCAAAUUCUGCAAGAGCGGCAAGACAAAUCUCUGCCAGAAGAUUCGCCUGACCCAGGGCGCUGGUGUCAUGCCCAAUGGAUCGUCCCGCUUGUCGUGCAAGGGUCAGCAACUGUUCCACUUCAUGGGCACCUCCACAUUCGCCGAGUACACCGUGGUGGCCGACAUAUCGGUGACCAAAAUCAACGAGACAGCCCCAUUGGAGAAGGUGUGCCUGCUGGGCUGUGGCAUUUCCACGGGCUAUGGUGCCGCAUUGAACACAGCCAAGGUGGAACCUGGCAGCACUUGCGCCGUCUGGGGUCUGGGUGCUGUUGGCCUAGCCGUGGGUCUGGGCUGCAAGAAGGCUGGCGCCGGCAAGGUCUACGGCAUCGACAUCAAUCCCUCCAAAUUUGAGCUGGCCAAGAAAUUCGGCUUCACCGAUUUUGUCAAUCCCAAGGAUGUGGCCGACAAGGGUGCGAUUCAGAACUAUUUGAUUGACCUGACAGACGGCGGCUUCGACUACACCUUCGAGUGCAUUGGCAAUGUGAAUACCAUGCGUGCCGCCCUAGAGGCCACGCACAAGGGCUGGGGCACAUCGGUGGUCAUUGGUGUGGCCGGUGCCGGCCAGGAGAUUGCCACACGGCCCUUCCAACUGGUUGUGGGUCGUGUGUGGAAGGGAUCUGCUUUCGGCGGUUGGCGUUCGGUCUCGGAUGUGCCCAAACUUGUGGAGGCGUACCUUAAGAAGGAUCUGCUGGUGGAUGAGUUUAUUACCCACGAACUGCCACUAACGCAGAUCAACGAGGCAUUCGAUUUGAUGCACAAAGGCGAAAGCAUUCGCUCUAUUAUCAAGUACUGAGGAUGAUCCACCCCCUCCCACGCUAAGAUGAUUGUUUUUUCACUUUUUUAACAGCAUGCAAAUUGCUUUAAAAUAAACAGAAUAUUUC